AUGGAGCCAGAUCUUCAUAACCAGGAACAACAACGAGUCCACAGUGUAGUCAUAAUCACUCUCCCACCAUCCGAUGAUCCAUCAAAAGGCAAAACAAUCUCUGCUUUUACCCUCACUGAUCACGAAAUCCAACCCGAAGAACAAAACCCAAACCCGAGUUUUCAACCCGACCCACUUCACCAAAACCUCUGGUUCUCGGAUCUCUCCAUGAAUUCGCCGAGAUUAGUUCUGUGUCUUCUCGGUUUAUCGUUACUCGCGGUUGCUUUCUACGGCUCUGUUUUCCCUAAUUCUGUUCAGAUGUUUAGGGUUUCUUCUUCUGAUGAGAGUGAUCGUGAUGAGCAGAACAAUCGCCGUGAAACGACGUCGUUUGUUUUCCCUGUGUAUCACAAAUUGAGUGCUCGUCGUCGUGAGAUCCCUGAGAGGAAUUUAGCUCAAUUUUUGGGUUUAGAGAAUGAAAUCUUUGUGGAUUCAUCAAUUGAUCAAGAACUGGUCAACCCUGUAAAAGUCAACGAUGUUUUUACUGCAACUACGAUUUUUCCUGUUGGUGGAAAUGUGUAUCCAAAUGGGCUCUAUUUCACAAGGAUUCUUGUUGGUGAUGGACAUUACUUUCAUCUUGAUAUUGAUACUGGAAGUGACUUGACUUGGAUCCAAUGUGACGCGCCUUGUACCAGUUGCGCUAAGGGAGCAAAUCAACUAUAUAAGCCAAGAAAAGGUAUGUUAGUGAGAUCCGCGGAACCCUUAUGCGUAGAAAUUCAAAGGAAUCAAAUGACUUGUGAGAAUUGUGAACAAUGUGACUAUGAGAUUCAGUAUGCUGAUCAGAGCUCUUCCAUGGGAGUUCUCACCAAAGAUGAGUUUCGUCUCAAUCUCCAUAACGGGUCACUUGCCGAGUUGGAUAUAGUUUUCGGGUGUGGAUAUGAUCAGCAAGGGCUACUGCUGAACACUCUGUUAAAGACAGACGGGAUUCUCGGUCUAAGCAGAGCUAAAAUUAGCUUACCUUCUCAACUUGCAAGCCGAGGUAUCAUCAGCAAUGUCGUUGGUCAUUGCCUUGCAUCUGAUUUAAACGGCGAAGGGUAUAUCUUCAUGGGCAAUGACUUGGUUCCAUCACAUGGAAUGACAUGGGUUCCUAUGCUUCACCAUUCUCACUUGGAAGUUUAUCAGAUGCAAGUUGCAAAAAUGAGCUACGGGAAUGGUAUGCUUAGCUUAGAUGGUGAAAACGGGAGAGUAGGGGAAGUCUUAUUUGACACGGGAAGCUCUUAUACAUACUUCCCUAAGAAAGCUUACUCUCAGUUGGUCAAAUCUCUUCAAGAAGUGUCUGGGUUAGAAUUAACACGCAACGAAUCAGACAAAACACUGCCUAUCUGUUGGCAAGCUAACUUCCUGAUCAGUUCCUUAUCGGAUGUUAAACGGUUCUUUAGACCAAUAAACCUCCAAAUAGGGAGCAAAUGGUGGAUCAAUUCAAGGAAAUUUUUGAUUCAACCCGAGGAUUACUUGAUCAUCAGCAACAAAGGAAAUGUAUGUCUUGGGAUAUUAGAUGGAAGCAAUGUUCAUGAUGGUUCCACCAUUAUUCUUGGAGACAUAUCGUUGCGUGGACACCUGAUCGUGUACGACAAUGUAAAACGGAGAAUCGGAUGGAUGAGAUCAGAUUGCGUCCGGCCUCGUGAGUUUGAUCACAAUGUACCUUUCUUUGAAGGCUGA